CUGAGACACUUCCACGAAAUUUCUCAGACACCGUACUUUUCAACCUUUUCUUCCCGCUUCCAUCACUUUCUCUUUAAAUCCAUUCCGCCACUCGUCACAACCUGUUUGGCUGCUCAGAAAAACGGAAGAAAAGUAUUAUAGUAGCUCACAACACAAACAACUCCAGAUUUUUUUCUAUCAGUUUCUCAGCAACCAAACAGGGAACAAUUGGGAGUGAUGCAGGGGAGACAUGUUGUGGCGAGGGAGAAGCGAGGUUUGGAUUCGGCUUCUGCUGAAGAAGGACAGCCUGAUCGAAAACGACCAGCUUUGGCUAGUGUAAUUGUUGAAGCACUGAAGGUGGACAGUCUGCAGAAACUUUGCUCAUCACUAGAGCCAAUUCUACGCAGAGUUGUUAGUGAAGAAGUGGAGCGUGCUUUGGCAAAACUAGGCCCUGCCAAUCUUAAUAGGAGGUCUUCCCCAAAACGCAUAGAAGGUCGUGAUAGAAGAAAUUUACAACUGCACUUCAAAACCAGGCUAUCCCUUCCCCUCUUUACUGGUGGGAAAGUGGAAGGUGAGCAAGGGGCAGCCAUACAUAUUGUUUUGAUUGAUGCAAACACGGGCAAAGUUGUCACAUCAGGUCCCGAGUCAUGUGUCAAAUUGGAUGUCAUUGUGCUUGAGGGGGAUUUCAAUAAUGAGGACGACGAUAAUUGGAGCGAAGAAGAGUUUGAGAGUCAUAUUGUGAAAGAGCGGGAAGGAAAAAGGCCUCUUCUGACUGGUGAUCUGCAAGUCACUCUGAAGGAGGGUGUAGGGACAUUAGGUGAGCUCUCCUUUACAGACAACUCAAGCUGGAUAAGGAGUAGGAAGUUCAGGUUGGGUCUGAAAGUUGCCUCUGGUUAUUCUGAGGGAAUGCAUAUUCGUGAAGCCAAAACAGAAGCCUUCACUGUUAAGGAUCAUCGUGGAGAAUUAUACAAGAAACACUACCCACCUGCCUUGACGGAUGAGGUCUGGAGACUUGAGAAAAUUGGAAAGGAUGGUUCCUUUCACAAAAGGCUAAGUAAAGCAGGAAUAUUUACUGUGGAAAACUUCCUAAGACUAGUGGUCAGAGACCCUCAGAGAUUGCGUAAUAUUCUUGGGAGCGGCAUGUCAAAUAAAAUGUGGGAUAUCCUUGUUGAGCAUGCUAAGACCUGUGUUCUCAGUGGAAAGCUUUACGUAUACUAUCCUGAUGAUACAAGAAACGUAGGUGUUGUUUUCAAUAACAUAUAUGAAUUGAGUGGCUUAAUCACCAAUGACCAAUACUAUUCAGCUGAUUCUCUCUCUGAGAAUCAAAAGGUUUAUGUAGACACGCUGGUAAAGCAGGCAUAUGAUAAUUGGAUGCAUGUUAUUGAGUAUGAUGGGAAGACUCUGCUAAGUUGCAAUCAGGAUAAGACUUUAGAAACCGCUCACCCUCAGGCUUCAAUGGGCUCCCAUGAAUAUUCAAAUUCAAUUCAGCAGAUUUCCAUCCCAAGUUUGCCACAACCAGUACAUACAGGCCAACCAUCAAUGGAUACAGGAGUUACAGUUGAAGGUUAUCAUGAUGUUACAGCUACCAGAUUCUCCAUGCAACCACAAAAUGCAAAUCUUAAUUCUUCUAUUCAAUUUGAUGACAAUGCAUUUCCACAACAAAACCAAUUGAUGAGUAUAUCCCACCAAUCUCAGCUUCCAAGAAAUGAAAACGGGCUGACCUUUGGUCCCCAACAAUCAGCCACACAUGGCUUCCAGACUGCCAGCGUUUCGAAUUCUACUUACAGAGGACUUGAGGACUUUUUCCCAGAGGAGGAGAUUCGUCUUAGAAGUCAUGAGAUGCUAGAAAAUGAAGAUAUGCAGCAUCUGCUGCGUAUUUUUAACAUGGGUGGCCAAGCACAUGCUUCCUUUAAUGCCCAUGAAGAUGGGUACCCUAAUUCAUCUUCUUACAUGAAUGCAAACGCAAUGAGCUACAGUUUUGAUGAUGAGCCAAACCGUUCCUCAGGCAAAGCUGUUGUAGGCUGGCUCAAGCUUAAGGCAGCAUUAAGAUGGGGUAUUUUCGUUCGGAAGAAGGCUGCUGAGAGACGGGCUCAGCUCGUUGAGUUGGAUGAUUCGUAAUGAUCUUGGUGGCGAAGCAUUGCUCAUGCCAGCUUCUUUCCUGACAUUAAGAAUUUACCAUCAUGCUGAAAUUUUAUAGCAUGAAACCUUGAUUGAAUUGUUUGGUGCUGGCUUAAUUUAAAGAUUCCAUUUUGCCUUAAACAGCCUGCAGAGAGGUUUCUUCCUGUUCAAGAAUAUCGCUCUGCAACAACUCUUCUAUAGCUGCCUUAUUUGUAAUAUUUUCCACCCAACAUUCCGACCUUCAAGUUGUAAAGGCUUUACUGUUUGCCUGUUUUAAACUGAAGGUGUCAAUUGUUCCUUGAAGUUGGCAAGGUGUAGUGUGGAAUCUCAGGAAACUAGGAUCUUGACUAGUUUUGCUAGGUUGUAUUGUAUUCAGAAGUGUACCAUGUUAGAUGAUCUCAGUCUAACUGAUGUGUCUUGUUGUUUGGAUGCUGUAUGGCAUAAUAAUAUUCAUAAUCAAUAAUCAAUUUAAAUUUAUA